CCCCUCCCAGCGCUCUGGGGCCACCUGGCCUGGAAGAGGAAGAGGAAGAAGCGCCGGGGCUCCGGUGGGUGGAGUGCCAGACCGAGAGAGAGACCAAGAGAGACCGAAAGAGGGAGGGGAACCCUAGAGACCUGCGCCGACCACCUCGCUCACCAUGUGCACCGGCAAGUGCUCCCGCCUGGUGGGCCUCGUCCUGGUGGCCGCGGCCCUGGCUUGCAUCACCGCCAACAUCCUCCUCUUCUUCCCCAACGGCGAGGGGCGCUGGACGCCGGAUCACAUCACCAUCCAGGCCUGGCUCAUGGGGGGUGUCAUCGGCGGAGGGCUGAUGGUCCUCUGCAGCGGCUGCUCCACCGUGCGGGCCGGCGGGAAGGGCUGCUGCGGCUACGGAUGCUGUGGGAACCG